AUGUGCCUCAAGACUUUCGUGAAAGAUAACUUGGAUUACGAAUUCAAGGAAGACCAAUUGCUCACAGAAGCACUUAUAACGAGUGGAGUUGUUUCGGGAGCAGAUUCGAUUGUCGAGCAGCAGGGCAAUAGAAGACUCGCCCUGAUUGGAGAUGCCCUGAUACGUCUUGAACUGGUGCACACCAAAUAUUUAGAGGGCGCCAAACUCGCAACAUCUCAAAGAUGCGUUUCGAAGAACGCUUCGAAUCACAACCUUGGAGUCAUCGGUCAGCGAAACGGCUUGGUGGACCAAAUGGUUCUCCCAGCUUGUCAGCCAAAGCCAAGCGAAUAUACUGUUGCAACAACAGUCGAGGCUUUGAUCGGAGCUAUCUGGUUAGACUCGGAGAGGGAUUUUGACUUGAUUGGCCGUGCUAUCAGAGCAUUACACAUUGAGUAA